AUGCUUUUGUUUCUUGCCAUUUUUAUAAAUAUACUAUUGGAUAGAGAUUGUCUCACCUCUCAAAGGAGUCUAAGAGCUGCUGUGAAGGGAAACAUUGAAAGGAGUCUAAGAGCUGCUGUGAAGGGAACCUUGACAGCCUACCAUGUUAUUGCAAAGGUGAGCAAGGUUGGUGCUUAUUCAAGAAUAAAGCAAGAACUAGAGUCAAAGAAACAAGAAUUCACCUAUGAAGAAGUAUUAAGCAUUACCAGAAACUUUGAAAAGGGAGGUCAAAAGCAAAGAGUUGCAAUUGGAAGAGCAAUUUUGAAAGAUCCAAAAAUAUUACUUCUUGAUGAAGCUACAAGUGCCCUUGAUGCCGAGUGUGCAUGUAUUGAUACUAACUUGUGCAUUUGUAUGUUCUUUUUAAACCUUGGUGAUUUCCUUGUGCAGAAACUAGGGGAAGGUGUGAAAGGGGUGUAUAUCUCGAUAGACGUGGAUUGUCUUGAUCCUGCAUUUGCUCCGGGAGUGUCUCAUAUUGAACCGGGAGGUCUUUCUUUCCGCGAUGUUCUUAACAUCCUACACAAUCUUCAAGGUGAUGUUGUUGCUGGAGACGUCGUUGAACUCAACCCACAACGCGAUACUGUUGAUGGAAUGACUGCUAUGGUAGCUGCUAAGUUGGUCAGAGAAAUGGCUGCAAAGAUUGCAAAAUGA